AAAAGGAAUAUUUUCUUGUUCGCUAAUCAUGAACUAUUUUGUUCGUUAAAAUGAGUUCGCCAAAUCCUGUUCGUCACAACAUCUUCGCUGCCAAGUCUAGAGGUCUUAUGAAACAGACUUGAAGAAGACGACUUAAUAUAAAAUGUCAGACAAUAUGGCUAGUCAAUCCACGGGAGUCAGGGAGGAAUUCACCGAAUUAGACUGGAUUACGCUGAAGAGUGAUAUUGGCUCGGAAGAGAUCAUACACACGGAGACUGCUGGCGAGAAGUUCAAGAGGAAGUUCAAGGAAAAUCCUCUUGUUCCCAUUGGAUGUGGACUGACUGCUGGUGCUCUCUGCUUUGGACUCUUGAGUUUCAGUCGUGGCAAUCGAAGAACGUCACAAAAUAUGAUGAGGUUGCGUAUUGCAGCUCAGGGCUUUACAGUAGCUGCUUUGAUGAUUGGCAUUGUGAAGACAUCCCUCAAGUGAACAUUGUUAACAAGGGGACAGUAGGAUUUUCUAAUUUUUUUAUUGUGAUUUUUUUAUUUGCUUUUAUUUUUGAUUUCUUAAUUUGAAGAUGGGAAGUGUAAGUUGAAUCUGUCUCUGUCUUAUUAUUAUUUUUUUUUUCCCCUCACUCUUUAAAGAUAUUAUGAUUAGAUGCUCUUUCAAUUAUUUGGUUGUCGCAUAGACAUAAUGGAAUAUGAUUAGUGGAGAGAAUGACAUGAAGCAGUAAAAUAUGGCCGUGUUGCAUGCAGAUUGUCAAGCUUUUUGUGAUAAGGUGUGUAAUAAGUAGUGAUUCUCAUUCUCUCCCACAUUCUUUGACAUUUCUUCACAAUGUGAAGUCUAUUUAAAGAAUAUGUAAAUAUACUUAGAAAAGGUAGGAUCCUAUUUUAUCUUUCUUUUGUAAAAUUGCUUAAAAUAUAGAAUAUAAUUGAAUAUAAAGAGA